AUGAGUGACGUCGAUGUGUACGGCUUCGGAGCGAUCCGGUCGGUGCAGCUGGUAGUUGAUCCGCCAGCAGUUCGUCGUGGCCAACAUGCAACACUGCGCUGCCUGUACGAACUGGACGAUUCUUCGCCACUGUACUCGGUAAAGUUCUACCGCGGGCUGCGCGAGUUCUACCGCUACUCACCGGGCCAGCAACCGAGCAAGAAGAUUUUUCCCUUUCCCGGCAUCAACGUCGACGCUUCAAUGUCCGACAACCGGCAAGUUGUCAUCAAGAACGUUGGCUUCGGGUUGUCGGGCAAUUUUUCCUGUGAAGUGACGGCCGACGCACCAUCGUUUUCUACCGCAACGGAGCAAGCGAGCAUGCAAGUAGUCGAGCUCCCAGACAGUGGCCCCACCCUUUGGACGGAACACACCCGCUACGAGCCCGGCGACGUCUUGCGCGCCAACUGCAGCUCGCAGCCCUCCAGACCGAAAGCAGAGUUGACGCUAACGCUCAACAACAUGGUGCAUGAGUCACUGGUCUACACGUCGCACGAAGACACCCGUACCACGACGGACAACCUAAUCUCCAGCAGCCUAACGCUUCGACUGCAUCUCCAGAGUUCGCACUUCGGAUCGGGCCUGAUGCCGGGGCUGCUGGGUGGAGCUUCGGGAUCGGGCGGAGCGCUCCUGCUCCGAUGUACCGCCACCAUCGGCAAGCUCUACGAACGGUACACGGAACUCGAGCUGGGCGUGCCCCAGCGGGAUCCGAUACCGGCCAGAGUGACAUCAUCGAGCGCAACAAGGAUACUGCCGAGAGCGACCGCCGCAGGGCACUGGAUUACGCUACUCGUCGCCACAGUAGCACUGACGACGGCGGUCCACCGCAACCUAUCGCUGAUCAGCCCGUUUGUGCCCCUCAGUCUGCAAGCGCUUCGAAGAUAG